AGAUGUUACUUCUGUGGGGUGCCUUUUUCAACCGCAGGCUACAACUUCAGCAACUGCGAUAUAAAAGCGAAUAAAUGAUAUUUUUGUCCGGCCAUUUAGAUCUUUCCAUCAUUCGAAACGGUCGCGAGUCUGUCGCGUGGCGGAUGGAACGUGAGAGUGUACGACCAUCAUCGAGCAAAUGAGACAACUGACGAGUGCCGCAGCGGUGCUACUGCUGGCGGUGGUAACUUUGGGUCAAGGCCACAGCGGAGUGCCUCGAACGUAUAAUAUUGAGACGGAGGAAGCUCGAUAUGGAAAGUAUGAGCGAGUACUUCUCGGACUAAAAUCUUCCGAAGGGUUAAACCUUGAUAGUAAGGUCCUGGACAAAAUACGAGCCGUAAUUUUCGAAGAGGAAGCAGCUAGACCGAUGAAACACGGUGAGCGGCUUGUGGCCGUUCACUUGGGAAAACCGAAACAGUCACGAGAGGUUGCGCAAUUACAGUAUAAAAAUAGGAUCCGAUAUUAGGAUUGGUCGUGAAAAUCAGUACAAAAGCUAUGUAUUCUAUAACCAAAAUAUAAUUUAGACUGAUAGCUGAGAUGAUUAAUUUACAAUAAAUGGAAUAAUAACAAAUAA